AUGGGCGGCUUCACCAUCUUGGCCGCCUCCGUCUCCAGGAACCUCUCGGUCCACGCGGCGAAGCGCGGGGUCCUGCCCUCGUCGAUGACCAUCACGCCGAACAUCUCCCUCAGCGCGUCGAGCCAGAAGAGCUGGCACCCGAGCGCGAGGUCGAAGUACCCGAUGGAGUCGCUGCCGGAGGAGAAGGCCGAGCAGGCGGAGAAGGCCUCCUCCAUGGGCGCGAGCACCGGGAGCGUAGCGGCGAGCUUUUGCGCUCUCUCCUCCUCCGUGGCCGCGCGCAGGAUGGCUAGCCACGCCGGGAACAGCUUGUCGUCGACGUAG